AGGAAAAGAGAACCCACCCUUUACCUUCAUAGAGAGCAAACAAUAACAUGCAGAUAUGGCCCCUACCACGAAAAAUAUGAAAUAUAAGAAAAAAAACUAAUAUAAAAAAAAUUAACUAAAAAUAUCUAUAUAAAGAAAGUGAGAAUAUAGGUGUGUAAGUGUGCAAGUGUAGUCCCUACCUAUGGCGGAGAAUUUCCCAGUAGUGAUUGAUAUGGAGAAAAUUUGUGAGGAAGAAGAGUUAAAGAAACUAAGAGAAGCAUGUGAAAGAUUGGGUUCUUUCAGGAUCAUCAACCACUCUAUUCCUCCAACCUUAGUGGCUGACAUGGAGAAGGUGGUUGAAGCUCUGCAUGAUCUUCCUUUGGAGGUCAAGAAACGCCACACAGAAGCCAUUUCUGGUGGUGGUUACGUCGGACCAACUCUAUUCAUCCCUUAUUACGAGGCUACAGGAAUCUAUGACAUUUCUUCAUCACAAUCUAUGAACAAUUUCUGUUCUCAGCUUCAUGUCUCUCCUCAACAAAGGCAAACAAUGGAGGCAUAUGGAGAAGCUGUUCAUGGUUUGGCAGUAAAAAUAGCACAAAAGAUGGCUGAAUCUCUUGGUGUAGUCGAAGGUGCUGAUUUCGAGGACUGGGUAGGGUUUGGGAUGUGUGACGAUAGGUUUGAGGUGGUGGUCCACCAUGGUGAGACCUUGAUAAAGGACGUGGUUCCCUUUAAGUAUAUAGGUGGGGAGAUAUCUUCUUGGGACAUUGACCUCGACACAUGA